AUGACCACCACCCCAACACCACCUCUGGAGGAGGAGAGGCUGGAGGAUGCAGAGUGGUACUGGGGCGAGAUGUCCCGAGAUGAGGUCAGCGAGAAGAUGCGCGACAAGCCGGAGGGCGCCUUUCUGGUGCGUGAUUCCACUAGUAAAAAGUUUGGCGAGUACACGCUGACGCUGCGCAAAAGCGGCACCAACAAGCUGAUCAAAAUCUUCCACAGCAAUGGCAAGUACGGUUUCUCCGACCCUUUUGCCUUUGACUCGGUCAUUGACCUGGUUAAUCACUACCGGCGAGAGUCCCUUGCUCAGUACAAUCCAACGCUCAAUAUACGGCUGCUGCACCCGGUCUCAAAGUACUCGCUGCCCGAGUUGAAGGGCCUCGAGAAUGCCGACAUCAACACGCUGAAGGCGAAGCUGAACGAGCUGAAGCUCGAACAGGAGCGGAAGAACAAACAGUUUGACCAGUUCAAUGACGACUACGAGCGCAACUCAAACAGCAUCAGCCGACAGCAGAGGGUACUGCAGGCGCACCGGCUGGUGAUCGGCAUGCUGGAGGAGCACCUGCAGCUCAAUGACCGUCUCACCGUCGAGGUGCCGCCCCAUGAGGUGCCAAAGAUGCUCGAGCAGAAGGAGCACCUCAUUCGGAAGAUCACCUCGCUGAACAAGUCCUACCAGGACCAGGACAACAGUCUGAAGAUGAUGAUCGCCUACAAUCGACUGAUUGACCGGGAACGUAACGGCCUCAAGCCGACCCUCAGCAAACUGCGGCAAACGCAAGACAUACUGAUGCACAGGGUGGAGCAGAAGCACUUCUCCCAGGCGCCGCACAAGUCGCAGGCCACCUGGUUCAGUGAGAACUGCUCGCGAGUGGACGCCGAGAAUAUGCUCAAGGCGAGGCUCCACCAGGACGGCACCUUUCUCAUUCGCAACAGCCGCCAGAGUGGCCAGUACGCCCUGUCGAUUGUCUGCGAGGGAAAGAUCUUCCACUGUCUCAUACUUAAGACGGAUCGUGGCUACGGCUUCUCCGAGCCGUACGACAUUUUCCCCACGUUGAUGGACCUGGUAAUAAACUACUCCACUACCAGCCUCUUUGAACACAAUGACAACCUCAAGACGACGCUGAAGUAUCCCUUCUGGGGGAACCCGGCAGUGCAGGGUCUAGCCAAUUGCUACGAAGAUAUGGUAUGA